UUGAUUGAGGACAACAUGGAGUCCGUCUGACGUGUGGCCAAACGCGUGAGAACAGAUCCACAGAUUCAAAGAGGCUUUCCGAGGAAAACGUCGUAAACCCGGAGCUGCUCGAGUGGACGUUUGGCUCCACAUCGGUCGGUCGGUACCAGAAGCGGAUCCACAUGUUGCAGGAGACGGGGACGGAGUGGUUGUCUCAGGAGGUGAAGACCGGAACCACCAUCAUCGCCAUAGAGUUUGACGGAGGGGUCGUGCUGGGCUCUGAUUCCAGAGUGUCUGCAGGGGAUUCGGUGGUGAACAGGGUGAUGAACAAGCUGUCUCCCCUCCAUGACAAGAUCUACUGUGCUCUGUCCGGCUCUGCAGCCGACGCUCAGACCAUCGCCGAGGUCGUCAACUACCAGCUCGAUGUCCACAGCAUUGAGAUCGAUGAGGACCCACAGGUUCGCUCAGCAGCCACUCUGGUGAGGAACAUCUCGUACAAGUACAAAGAGGAGCUGUCGGCCCAUCUCAUCGUGGCCGGCUGGGACAGAAGAGAUGGGGGACAGGUGUUUGCAACCCUGAGUGGUCUCCUGACGAGGCAGCCCUUUGCCGUGGGGGGCUCUGGAAGCUCAUAUGUUUAUGGCUUUGUUGAUGCUGAGUUUCACAGAGGCAUGAGCAAGGAGGAGUGCCAGCAGUUUGUUGUCAACACUCUGUCUUUGGCGAUGAACCGCGAUGGCUCCAGUGGAGGCGUGGCCUAUAUUGUGUCCAUUGAUGAACACGGCACGGAGGAGAAAGUGGUUCUAGGAAAUGACUUACCCACCUUCUUUGACCAGUGACACUUCCUGUUUCAGCUAAUGCAGCUUUUCAAACAUCACAUCUAAAUACUUUUACUAAAAAGUUUGAUUUAAAUAGAAUCAUUGCAUGGCUGUGUGAUACACAAUGCUAUUUCAUAUGAGGUCAUUACAAAUCCAAAAGUAAUUUGUGGUUAAUUAUGAAGAGAAUUAUAACAAACGGUGACUUAUUUGGUUAAUUAACAGUAAUGUUUUAAUUAGUGGUCGACAGAAGAACAAGAAAGUGCAAUUUUCAUCAAAUAAGCAGUUUCAAAACGCUAUAAGUACAAUUUACGUGCUUUAAUUUGUUAGUGCUACAGUUAUUGUUUUAGUCAAGGUAGAGUCUAAAGAGGUGUGUCUUGAGUUUUCGGUGGAAGAUGUAAAGGUUCUUUGCAGUCCUGAUGUCAUCAGAGAGCUCAUUCCACCAUCUGGGAGCAAUGAAGCAAAGAGUCACGAUCUCGCCGAGUGCUUUUCUCUCAGUGAGGGAGGAACAAGCAGCAUGAUGUGUAAUGUAAUGAUACAUCUUUGUUGUUAUCUUUAUUUUUGUAUCUGAUUAAACAAAACAGUGGCUUAAAACAUCACAUUAAACACAUUAUUUAAGGCCUUUACAAACCAAAUGUCUAGCAAACACAGGAAAGAUAGCAACAAUUGCCUGCAAAUAUUAUACAGUGUAUUUAGGGGUUUUCUUUUGAAGGAUAAGAGGAGAGCAUGCAUCAUGGUCAGUGCUGCAUUGGACAACUUUGAAAUGAGUAAUUCCAUUUUCAACUGAUUCAAUUGUGAUGGUCAAAGCUCACUGUGAAAACAGAUUCUCUGCCAUAAACCUACAAUUCUUGGUAAAUAAAAGUAAAGAAUGAGCCUCUCACUUAGCAGCAGUGGUUGUCUCUGUGGUAUUUAGUGUCACAAGCAUCUAAACAGUCAAAGUCAAGUUUGUUACAUUGAUUCACAUGUAAGAAGCCUGGGCAGUUGAUAGUAGGUCAACCUGCUUAAACGCCAGUCUAGAAGCUUUCUGAUUAUAAAUCAUUAUGCAAGUGUGCCUGCAUAUGCUUUUCUUUUAUGUGCAAUUUAAAAAAUAAAUAAAAGCCUGUGUAGAAAGAU